GAAAAGAAAAAAAAAAAAAUUUAAAUAAAUUAAAAAAAACCCAGCAAAGAAUAAGAGAAAUCUGGCUGGCCUGGGUCAGCGAGAGAGAGAGAGAGAGAGAGAGAGAGAGAGAGAGAUUGGCCAAAACGACCUCUUCUUUGGUCGUCCACUUCCGUAUUCUCCGCUGCAUUCAGGUUUUUACCUUGUGGAGAACUUUAACUUCUUUAAUGUGGGUUUGAUCACUUGGUAGCGAGGAGUCAUUGUUUUCUGUGUAUUCCUUAUUCUUUCUUUGCUUUUAUGGUUUACCUUGUGCUUAAGGAUCGGAAAUGUGAGAAAGAUUGCUUUGGUGUUUAAAGUUGAAGGUUUUUGGUGAAGAAAGGUGUGAUGGAGAUAUCGCUGUUAAAAGCUCUUCUUAAAAACAUCUCUUCGUUUCUCCAUUUAUCCUCCUGUGAUAACAUAAAUUUGGAACCAGUUUCGAAGUAUUACCAAAGGACAGAAGAAAUAUUGAAAUUGUUGAACACAGUACUGGAGGUUGUUCACUUUCAAAGAGAUGAAGUGUUUAAAAAGUCAUUUGAAGAACUAAGUCACUCUAUUGAUGAUUCAAGAGAGCAGUUUGAAAACUGGCAACCGUUGUCGAGUAAAGUUUAUUUUGUUCUGCAAAUUGAAUCAUUGAUAUCAAAGAUUCAGACUUCUGGCUUGGACAUCUUCCAGCUGCUGAAGUCUCCUGAUCAAGAUCUCCCUGAUGAAUUGGGCUCAAUGUCUCUUGAGCACUGCAUACAGAAAAUUAAGCACAUGGAAUAUGAACAGAUGUCCAGUGUCAUUAAAGAUGCUAUAAGGGAGCAAGUGGAUGGUGUUGGACCCAGCUCAGAGACCCUGGUUAAGAUUGCAGAAUGCCUUAGCCUGAGGUCGAACCAGGAGAUUCUUAUUGAGGCUGUGGCACUUGAAAAGUUGAAGGAGAAUGCUGAACAAUCUGAAAAAACCGGGGAAGCUGAGUUUAUCGAUAAUAUGAUUGGCCUGGUAACUCGGAUGCAUGAGCGUCUUAUUGUGAUAGAGCAGUCACAGAGCUGCAGCCCAGUUCCUAUACCUCCUGACUUCUGUUGUCCUCUCUCUCUUGAACUGAUGACAGAUCCAGUUAUCGUGGCAUCAGGACAAACAUAUGAGCGGGCUUUCAUCAAGAAUUGGAUUGACCUUGGGCUCACCGUUUGUCCUAAGACAAGGCAGACUCUUGCUCACACAAAUUUAAUACCCAAUUACACUGUUAAGGCAUUAAUUGCAAACUGGUGUGAGUCAAAUAAUGUGAAGCUACCUGAUCCAGCAAAAUCUAUGAUCUUAAAUCAGCCGUCACACCAUCUAGGGAAUGCAGAAUCUAUCACCCCCAAGGAGACUAUUUUUUCUCAUGUGAGGGGCAACCAAUCUGUUUCACCUGAAUCAACUCAUUCAGUAGGUUCACCAACUAGGAACUUACCUUCAUCUGGUGGAUUCCAUAGAGAAGGAGGCUCCCCAUUGCAUGCUCGUUGUAUAUCAGAGGGUUCAUUGUCUAGCGUAGCUGAAAAUGGACUGGGUUCAGAAGUUGCAAGAUUAUCACUGACGGGUUCUGAAGACAGGUCUGGUAACUCUGUAGAAAAGAGUAUGGAUUCUGUUGCUCAACCCUCUAUGACACCAUCUAGAAAAGAUUUUUCUAAUGUAGCUGGAGCUGAAGAAUCGUCUCGUAGCCAUAAUAGAUCUUCAUCAGCUUCGAGCACACUUUCUAACGCAAAUUCUCCUCGAGAAACACCAGGUGGUGCCAGUGAGGUGCUACAAGUUUCAAAUAAUUUGACAGGCUACAGUAGUGAUGCUUCUGGAGAGGUGAAAACAGAGCCACAGGCUGCUGUUCCACUUCCAACAAGAUCUCGAAGUCAAAUUUGGCGACGACCAUCUGAGAGGUAUGCAACUAGAAUAGUUUCUUCACCUGUUGUUGAAACACGAGCUGAUCUUUCUGGCAUUGAAGCUGAAGUUCGGAAGCUGGUUGAGGGCCUGCAAAGCUCUUCACUUGACACUCAAAGAGAGGCAACGGCUGAACUUAGGUUACUUGCAAAGCACAAUAUGGAUAAUCGGAUUGUUAUUGCAAAUUGUGGUGCUAUUAAUUUGCUGGUUGAAUUGCUCCGCUCCACAGACGCAAAGGUUCAGGAGAAUGCUGUUACAGCACUUCUGAAUUUAUCAAUCAAUGAUAACAACAAAAGUGCAAUUGCCAAUGCCAACGCCAUUGAACCUUUGAUUCGUGUCCUUGAGAUUGGGAGUGCUGAGGCCAAGGAAAACUCAGCUGCCACUCUAUUUAGCCUUUCAGUGAUCGAGGAGAACAAGAUUAGGAUUGGAAGAUCUGGGGCUAUUAAACCUCUGGUUGAUUUAUUGGGGAAUGGGACUCCGCGAGGGAAGAAAGAUGCGGCGACUGCUUUGUUCAAUUUGUCAAUACAUCAUGACAACAAGGCCCGUAUUGUUCAGGCUGGUGCUGUGAAGCACCUUGUGGAUUUAAUGGACCCAGCAGCUGGAAUGGUGGACAAGGCAGUUGCUGUUUUAGCUAAUCUUGCGACAAUUCCUGAGGGUAGGACUGCUAUUGGUUCAGAGAAUGGGAUCCCUGUCCUAGUCGAGGUUGUUGAGUUGGGAUCUGCAAGAGGGAAGGAGAAUGCAGCUGCUGCUCUUUUGCAACUCUGCACAACCAGUAGUAGAUUUUGCAACGCAGUGCUCCAAGAAGGAGCAGUCCCACCGUUAGUGGCAUUGUCACAAUCUGGCACCCCGAGAGCCAAAGAGAAGGCUCAGGCACUUCUCAGCUACUUCAGAAACCAUAGACAUGGUAAUGCUGGGCGAGGCUGAUUUUGGAAACGGAAACUUUUGAUGUAACGUGAGGUUUUCUAGUCGAGUUCCAUAGACAGUGUGUGUACAUUUGAUGGUGCAAAUAAUUCUUAUGCAGUUCUUGUUUUGUGAAUUUUUACCAGAUAUGUAGAGAAGAAAAGAACGAUUUAUGGAGGAUUUGGUUGAGCCCUGUAAAAUACUCAUAUGUGAAUGUGGGAAGAAAAUUUAUACCUGUA